AGGUUCCGAUCUGAGAUCCGGGCGCUUGAGCGAGUGUCGAGCCGAUCUCCUGGCGUCCGCACUUUCAAAAGCUGCAAUUAUGUUACCUUCCACAUCAUUGCGGUUGGUGCGACCCACUGUUUUCCGCUCGUGUCGUUCCCUCGGACCCAGGCAUGUUUCCAGCAGUGCCAACCCUUUCCCUUUUCCAACGAUCGCACACCCUACGCCUUACCAGAUCUUCCACCUCCCGCCCAGUGCGACCCGAGACGAGGUGAAGACUCGGUACUACGACCUCGUGCGCAUCUACCACCCCGACUCUGCAAUCAGCCGUGCCGUCCCACCGGAGACCGCCCACGCACGCUUCCAAGCGAUCAGCGCGGCCUACUCCGUGCUCUCGGGCAAGGCGAACAGGAUGGCUGACGCGGAGAGCGGCUCGCCGAGUGAGCUGCGACCGGACUACCAUAGCUUGAGCACGGCCAUGUGGAAGGCGAAGCAGCGGCGAAGAGCCGAGUUGGACGUGGGGAUGGACGACCAGUGGAAGGAUGCCCUUAUGUUCGCGAACGUGUAGAGUAUCGCUGCUUUCGUUUGGCAGACGUUCUCCGCAAGACAGCAGGCCAUGGCUGAGGCCGCGCAGGCUCCCGACUGGUCACAGCGCUUCGGGAGACCACGACAACCGGUCGUGAGAAGACCACAGAAG